AUGUAUGUUUCACGGAAAGCCCCGCGGACAGACUGUAUUCAUCUGAAGAAUUUGAUGGAUGAGUUGUUCGAGGGCUACUCACCCGAAGUGCUUCCCCGCUGUAACCCCCUGGACUCCGUCCAGGUUCAACUCGGACUGGCCGUGCGGCAGAUUGUAGAACUGAAUGAGCCUAUGCAGAUCCUGGAGACGAACACGUGGGUCAGAAUGGUAUGGAACGACUGCCAGUUGACGUGGAACGCGACGGAGACGGGGAUCAAGAACAUCGCCGUGCCCUACCGGAGAGUCUGGGUACCGGACAUCACGCUCUAUGAUAAUGCACAGAACGCGCUAGGAGGCCUGCAACAAUACCGACCAAACGUUUACCCAAACGGCGACGUCUACUACAACUUCCCGUCCGUCAUCCGCAGUCUCUGCAAGGUGGAUGUCACUUACUUCCCAUUUGACACUCAAGUCUGUAAAUUGCAGUUUGGUUCAUGGUCAUACCAUGGCUGGGAUCUCAACUUGACAGGAAUGACCUCGGCGGCCGACAUCUCUAUGUUUGUAUCGAACGGCGAGUGGGAUAUCAUAGGUGUUCCCGCUGAGAGGAAUGAAAUUAAGUACACAUGCUGCCCGGAGCCCUACCCUGACGUCCGGUUCUACGUGCAUAUGCGCCGGAAACCGCUGUUCUAUUUGCUGAAUCUGAUUUUCCCGUGCUCGCUCAUCUCCACGAUAGCGAUCCUAGGCUUUCUGUUACCGCCGGAAUCUGGGGAGAAGGUGUCCCUCGAGAUCACCGUGCUCCUCUCCCUGGCCGUCUUCCUUCUCGUGGUUUCUGAGACCAUGCCGGCGGACUCGGAGACAUUCCCUUAUAUAGGCGUGUAUUUCGCGUGCGCGAUGGGUCUGGUAUCGCUGUCGUGCCUGAUGACGGUCACUGUGCUGAACCUGCACUUCAAAGGCGAGUUCGGGAAGCGGAUGCCGCCCUGGGUCCGCCUUGUCUUCCUCGACUGGUUCGGCAAGAUCCUUCUUGUCAAGACAACCGACAAACUCACACAAUACGACAACAUAAAGGCGCAGAAGACGCAAGCAGAGGCGUACGAGAACCAAGGGUUUCCCGGGUUGUCGACAGCUGACAAAGACUCCAACUACAACGAUCCUUUAGACGCCGAACACCGCACCGUUACGACGUCCGUCCUCUCAGACCACAGAGACGUCAAAAUGGCCGACCUCAAAGGCGUCAAGUUCGACUACAACACAUCUACGGAGGUUGUGUCCCUACUUAAGAAGCAACUGGACUGUAUUGAUAAGAUCCAAGAUCACAUGGAGGAGAAGCGGCGAGAGUCGCUGGGCAUGGACGAGUGGCGGAAGUUGGCGCAGGUUGUGGAUCGUAUUUUCAUGGUAUUCUUCUUCCUCUUCCAGUUCGGGAUCUCCUCUUUGAUUCUUAUUAGGAUAACUUCCGCUGAUCCGGAUGUUAUGCACUUUUACUCAGCGGAAUAA